AUGGACCUUGGUGUAAUGUUAUGUAGAGAACGAAGAUUGGAGGCUGACGAACUGUUGCAGCAUCCCUUCAUACGAGACGUGGAUGACAUGAAGCCGGUGAUGGAACUGUUGAGGGAAGCCAAAGCUGACGUCAUCGUCGAGGAAAAGGACGUCGAUGACGACACCGAACUUACUGAUGAUAUGAAGCAUUCAGCUGACAACAUAUCCGAUGAUUCCAUUGACGAUCAACUUACGGGAUUGCUUUAUUUCAAUGUUACCAGCAUUAGCUGCCUUCGUUAUCUGGCAAUUGCUGAAUGCGGAAUUCUAAUAAUGUUGGCGACGACCACAACAGCAACCUACGCAGCAUCAGCGGCAGUUGUUACAUCGUGUAAUGCAAGUGAGACAACUAGCAUAGAAUCGGCAACGUAUCCACUGAGCCACAGUCUCAAAUCAGGAAGUUCUUAUGAUUCAGCCAUACAGUUGAAGUCAGUUUCCUUAUCAUCACUCAACUCGUUGUCAUCGGUAACAUUACCGAACAAAUUGAAGAGUGAUAACAUUAAUGAUGAUGAAAUAGGCAGUACCGACAACUACAUAGACAGACACAGCAGCAACAACAACAACUUGAGCGACAACAGUUUGUACAAUGAUCGUAGUCUCGAUACGCUGAGUAGUAGCAACAACUGCAGCAGCAGUAAUAAUUCACAAUCUUCAGCUGAUAAGUGUGAUGUCUGCUCUACAGCGUCACCAGCAUCAUCAACACCAAUCUCGUUAAUUGCAACACCUACUACUACUGCACAAACAACAUCGACAACUGCAGCGACCGCAUCAACGUCGGCAACUGCAUCAUCGCCACUUAUCUGCAAGGAUGGUGUUGUUAGAAGUGGUUGCAGGAAAGGGAGUUUGGAUCAUUUUGUCGCUAGAGAUGUUGUGGGGAAUGAUUUGUUAUUGAAUAACACACCUGCAGCUACUACAUCAUCACUGUCAGUAACGAGUAUUGUAACGCCUGCCGUAUUAUCGCCAGCAAUAUCUGCAACAGCACUUGCAACAACUAUGACAUCAGCAACGACAAACAACCUUUUGAUUACACCUUUAGAUAACAAAUGCUUCGUAAUGGAAAAUAACAAUUCCUUUUAUUCAUCUGCAGCCAAGCGGUCGUCGUCAUUGUCGCCGCGUUCAGCGGCGUCAGAAAACGCGCACAUUGUCAACAUCAGCGCAAUCAUCAUUGAUGUCAUCGCCAUCACCAACGACAUCAUUCAUAUCUCCAUUAAGUCAUCGAUUUCAGCAACGUUGACAUCAACAUCAACACCGUCACAGACAUCUGUGUCCGAUGCUAGUCAGUUUUUUACUUCAAUCGGUAGUUCAGUUACAACCAGUCCCACUGCCAAUAUAUUAACGGUGAUAAGUUGUUCACCAACGACACCAGCAGGUUCAUCGCUGGCGACAACAUCAACAAAAUCAACGUCACCGUUAUCAGUUGUUGAGAACACCAACGCACUGACCUGUAGAAUUGCGUCAUCCAGACCUAAGAAUGACGACAACAACAACAACAACGACGACGACGACGACGAUGAUGAUAGUUGUGAUUACGAUAUUGUUGACGGUUAUGAUGACGAUGAUUUAAUUCAGUCGGCUCUGGAUUUCUUGGAUCAAAAUAUUAAUUAUCAUUUUGAGAAUGACGUCACGAUGACGACAGUUAACUGCAGCGGCAAAAAUAUUAAUAAUAAUAAUAACUGUAUUUAUGAUGACGAUGUCGAACAGAUGAAAUGCAGUGACGACGGAAAUGACGUUGAUGAUCGUCUAGUUGAGAACAUUGUUGGCAAUGUUAAUAAUGAUGAUAAUAAUAAUAAUAAUAUUAAUGAUGAUGAUGAUGGUGAUGGUGAAGAGGGUGGGUUGAACGAAAUUUCUAGAAAGUUCCUGUUCGAGAUUGUUCACUCAGCUACCAAACAGAAGAAUAUUAAAAAUAAUAAUAAAAAUAACCAUAUGAAUAAAAGCUUCAGUAAAUACUCCGACGAUGAGAAUGACGAUAUAAAUGAUGAAGAUGACGUCUUCGUGGAUAAUUCAACAAAGACAAACAACUUAUACAACGACAGCUACAAUGACGACGACGACGACGAUGAUGACGUUGACAUGAUCACUGCCCCACCGUCGUCAUCAUCGACCGCCGUCAAGCCCCACAUCAACGGUGACGUCAUUUUAAAAAUGAACUUAACUAAAAACAGUAGAAACAAAUUGUUAAAUAUGGCUAGAAGUGAUGCUAGUGGUAAUUGCGAUGAAGCUAACCACCACUACCACAAUCACCAUCACCAUCAGAUGAGUGAAAAAUUUAAAUUCAAUCAUCUGAAUGCACAUGACGCUUUUCACCCAAAGAUUGUGAAAGAAAAUGAUGGUGAUGAGGAAGAUGAUGAUGAUGAUGAUGGGAGGAGGAGGCACAUUCCUGGUAACGAUAAUUGCAUCAGUCAUAAUUAUAAUUACCAAGCUCAUAAUAAUAUUAAUAAUAUCAACAAUAACAAUGUAAAUAAAAAUAAAGGCAAUAAUAAUAAUAAUAAUAAUAAUAGUUUCGAAAAUAAAUUUCUAAAAAGUCAUUAUUGCAAUGAUGGUGAUGAAUUGCUUGACAAUUAUAAAGGGGAUGAUAAUAACAAUAUUAUCAGCAUCAACAACAACAUUAAUAACAACAACAACAGCAACAAUAAUGAUAAUAAUAACUCAAGCCAUAAUGCCUGCGUGGUUAAUAAUGUUAAAAAGCCUGAGGUAUGUUUAUUGAUAAGUCCGAGCAUUGCUCCAUAUAGAUAG